AAAUUUGACAUCUUCAUUUCGAAAAAUUAACAACGAACGUUCUGUGAUAGCAACUAACUUUUAGAAUUUUUUUGUGUUCCCUGUUCUCGUCAGUAUUAUCAGCCUAAUUUCAUACGAUGGAGCAAUCAGCCACUAGCAACAAAAGCGAAUCAACAAAUCCCGCAUUGGUCAAUUACAAAGACGAAGAGAAGCUAAUGAGCGAGUCUUUGUAUAGAAAUCUACAUGUUCUUUGCCGGUUCUAUGAACCAUCGGCAGAAUUUCUGUUGAUCUUUCAACCGCACAUGUUCAUCAAAUCGAAUCCGAAAGCAUUUAUUGUCGUGAUUCAUUUCAUAUUCAAUUGUUUGGACACAACGGAGUUCAACAAAAGAUUCCGUUGGCCCGUUUUCGAUAAAGCAGCAGAAACGGUUUUCCGUAAGGCCGCAUUGGAUUAUAUGAAUCACUUGAAUGUCACACAUCAGUUAGGCCUGGAAACAUUGAAAUUGUCAAACAUUCAUAUACCCGGCGGUCUGAAAUUUAUCAAGAUCAUCCACAAAUUUACAUAUUUGGCUAUGAAGCUGGAGCUCAAUAAGCCUGAACAUGGGCCUCUACCGAAUGUGCAAAAUAUUCCCGAUGGAGAUGAUAUGUUAGCUAAGCUGGAACAGUAUGUCGAUCGAGGAAUGGAUUACGCAAUGAGGCUUCAAGGUCAAUCGGAAAAAUUGUCUAAGAAAAUCGACGAGAUGCACGCGAUGAUGGAAGCAUUCUUGCAUCCAACCACCGAAUCGAAUAAACAGAAAUCAUGCUGUGCAUGCAUGCAACAGAAAUGGAAAGAGAAUUUGGAUUGUGUUGCACGAGAUGCUGUUGCACCGCAACUGGAAGCCAUGAAUUUGUUGAGCAAAAAUACCGUUCAGCUGGACCAACUUCUAACCAAAUUGUUUGUGGAGAAAAAGGAAAACAUUGUCGAAUACGAUAGACAACAGCUGAUGGUUGCGCAGAACUGUCUGAAGAGACGCUAUCCGGAUUCCGUGCAAGAGAUCGAUGGAAUCGUGGAAGGAGGCAUCAUCAAUUUUGCCAAUUUAUUCAAAGUGUUUUCGAUGCUGCUCCCCACUAUGACAAACAAAUUCAAAACAGUUAAGGAUAAGGACAUCGAGGCUAUAGAAUACGAAUUGAACGGAGUUGUAGAGUAUGAUGAGAUUGCUACUAAAUACCUUGACACCUUCAACGACUAUAAGGAUAUGCUUCAACCGUUUAAGGAGAAGGAAAUGGAAAAUUAUCUGCAAUUUUGCCACGAUAACUUCAAUUUGCAAUUUGAACCAUUGAAAACUCCAUUUGUUGCGCGACAGCUCGAUGUCAAUGGAAUGCGUAACCGGCUGGGAUUGAUUGAUGAUGCAAAGAAGAAAACUCAAUUGUUCAAGAAACCUUCGAUGCGAGGAACGGCCAAGAGGACCGCAAUGCUACAGACUUCGUCAUGUUCCACCCUAGGCGGUUACAAGACUCACAGCGCAGCCAUGCAAUUACUAGCGAAACCAAAGUCCCGCUCAAAUACGUCCAUGUCAUUGCUGUCAUUGCCGAAUAUGUCCAAUUUCGGUAGAUUCAGCACACCAAAAUUUUCGUCGACCAUGUCGUCGUCUGCGGCCACAAACAGGCUUCAACCCGAAAUGAAAAUUUCGCCAGUGUUUCCAAUGACACCUACGGGAGUAUUGAAAAAUGUUACGGAAACUACGUCAAUUAUGUCGCCGAAUGGAAUUUCAGUUGUACGGAAAGUAUCAACCAGUUCCGUUAUGCACUUGAAUCAGCCGCACAUUCGUUCACCGACGCGACGCUUUUAUGUAACAAAUAUUUCACCGGAAUUUGCUGCUAUGAUGGAAUCGGACGCAGAUCUAGAUAAAAUCAUCAAUGAGCACAGAAUGGACCGGGUCGACACCGAAUGGACGAAUGGACGUCGUUUGGAAAUGGUGAGCGAAGGUCUCGAAGACACAAAUGAUGGCUCUACUUUUCAUGUUGCAAGUCUCCAAACCGAUCAGGAUGGUGUUGAAUUGAUUAGCAACGUCAGUGACUCCGUACUGAAUGAUAUUUUGAGUGAAUAAGACUUGAACAGGUAGGUUCAUCAACCUCCAGCAUAUUAGCAUCAUCAUCAUCAUGUAAAUAGUGAACUAGAAAUUAUAUCGCAG